UUUUUUUCACAAGCCAGCUUCAGCACAGCCAGAAGGGAAAAAAAACAUGGCGGCUUCGCUGGGCAAACAAUAUUGCUGCGUCACGCGAGUACAAACGCGCGCGUCACACACCGAAAAGUGCUCAUUAUUUUCGAGUUUGUUGUAAGGUUUUUGUGGUCAAAAACAGACCCGUGUUCCGGUUUUCUGGCGGGAAUCGAACACCACACCACCACCACCAUCACCAUCGCCAUUUCGUUCGUGCGUGUGCGAGAGAUGUCAGAUGAUUUUUUUUGUUCAUACUGCUGCUGCUGCUACUCUUCACAUUGGUAAAGUGCGUGUGAUAUGGGUGAAAAUAAUACACCACCACACCUCUAAGCGCGUACAAACCACCGCCGAACGAACACACACGCGAAAGGCCACGUAACGAAGGGUGUGGUGGUGGUUCGAUUUCUCUUCUCCCCGGCCAUCCCUUUCCUGCUCUCUUCGCAACAGCGCUCUGUGUGCUGCUGGCGUGGUGUGAAGCGGCAUCCACAACACCAGUGCAAACAUUAGUGAAUGGAUCGUGUUUUAUCGGAUGGUGAAGCGAAAAUCGACAAAAAUCGUGUGCGUGUCCCCCCCCCUCCCGCUCAGAAGAUUUGUUAAUCGCUCGAGUGUGUCCCAACAGUCGGUGACAGGUCGGUCGGGGUGAUUAAAACCGUCAAACGGAAGUGGUACGAUUGCCGUACAAUCAUCGGUACACCGUUUGCUAAAUGCCAAACCCGUUGGCAGUAACGUUUCCGUCGGCGGAAGUGUAGCGCAAACAACAACAACAACAAAAAAACGUAACAUUUUUACAAUGGAAUAAGUGUGUUUAGCAGCAACAAACAGCGAGGGAAGGCAAACGAUUGUAAAGUUCUGUAAGAAAGUGAAAUAUUUUACACCCAACCAACCAACCCCCCUCUUCGCGUAUCUAGUGCCCGGUUUUUGUACCGAAACGGGGUCGUUGGCGCCAACAGCAGCGAUAGCCGCCAGAAAGAGUGUGUGUGUGUGUGUGUGUUCGUCGUGUGGUGCUGUGGAAGGUUUUUGUGAGCCAAUUUGUGCAGUGUGCCAGUGUGUUCCGUGGGUGAGGCAGAUUGCAGUGCCCCAGAGAGUGUGUGUGCCGCACACAAACAAACACCACGCCAGGCGGUUAGAUAAGGGGGCAACGCUUCUUGUUGUCAUCCUCGCUUUCCCCCACAACACUCCCGGCCGGGAGUUGCCGUUAUUGGUACCAGUUAAAAAGGAAGAACUAGAAAGAAACAACUCGCGCCCAAAAUGUGUGCAGCGCAGACGAACGCACCGGCCAGCUUUAACUACACCUGGGGCUUUACGGAGAACCCGCGCCCCGACUCGGUGGUGGAGAUCAGCCCAAACAUCAACUACACCGUGGGCGAUGGAACAACGACGAUGCCAUACUUGCAGCUUCCGGACGGGGCUAGCAUUUUACUGAAGGAUGGGAAAGGUUCCAUCUCGCACGCCGGCGGCAAAAGCGUCCGGCGGAUGAUCGUCGUGAACGAUGCGUCCGCCCUGCCGCAGGGAACGCAGCGGAUAAUUACCACCGGCGGUACCGCGACGGCUGUUGCCACUGGCCAUCAGAAGAAGCACGAAGUUAUAAACCAAUCCAAUACUACCACUCUAGCGAACGGGCUGAUCGAUACGAAGACGAAGGCCAUCCUCACAACGAGCGGUGCGAGCGCGUUCAUGUCCCCGAUCGGGCCGAUCCAGCUGACGGCGGAAGAGUGCAACGACAUACUGAUGAAGCGGGCGGCCGCGGCCGUCGCUGCGAACAAUCAGCACGCCCCCAUCAACAACAACGAUGGCCAGCAUACCUCGAUUUCGGUACAGGUGCAGAAGGUGAUUCAAGGGCUGGAGGAGGGAGAUGACUCACAGGCCACCACGUCCAACCAUCAGAUGAAGAUCGAGCCCACGCUGAGCAUCUCUCCGAAGCUGGAAGCGGUCGAAAUGGAUUACAAUGAGUACGUGCAGCAGGAGGCCACCACACCGACCCCGAACGUCGUGCCGAAGGAGCGCCCGUACUCGUGCGACCAGUGCGGCAAGUCCUUCCUGCUCAAGCACCAUCUGACCACCCACGCCCGGGUCCAUACAGGUGAGAGAGAGCGGCCCCACGUGUGCGUGCACUGCGGCAAAGACUUUGCGCACAAGCACUGUCUCAACACGCACCUGCUGCUGCACUCGACCGAGCGGCCGUACCAGUGCCAGGAGUGCAAGAAGAGCUUCACGCUGAAGCACCAUCUGCUGACCCAUUCGCGGGUGCACUCGCGCGAGCGACCGUUCGUGUGCGACCAGUGCGGCCGAUCGUUCCCGCUGAAGCGCCACCUGGUAACGCACAGCAAGUUCCAUGCCGGCGAGCGGCCGUACGUGUGCGCGGACUGUGGGGAAAGCUUUGCGCAGGACGAGCAUCUGGUGAUGCACUCCCGGUUCCACGGCUCGGUCAAUCCGUUCCACUGCCGGGACUGUGGUGCGACCUUCCCGCGCAAGUUCCAGCUGGUGAACCAUGGCAAGAUCCACGGCCGGGUGCCGCACUCGUGCACGCUGUGUGGCAAAGAGUUCCUGCAGAAGCGCACCCUAGCGGCACAUAUGAGAAUCCACACCGGCGACCAGCCAUUCCCGUGCAUUGCGUGCGGCGAGGGUUUCCGCACGAAGUCGGAGCUGAACGCACACAACCGCCACACGCACAGCGGUGUCAAUCCGAACGCGUCCAACACCACCAUCAUCACGACCAACACCGUCGUGACGUCGAACGCGCAGCAGCAGGCGCAGCAGCAGGCCCAGCAGCAGGCCCAGGCCCAGAGCCAGCAGCAGCACCAGCAGCAGCACAUCGAGGUGAAGCAGAUCCAGCACUACCAGGGCCAGCAGCAGGUGCAGGACGUGUCGAACGGUAACAUCAUCACGACGAUCGCCGCCACCGGCCAGGGCUCGCCCGAAAACGCGGGCAAGCCGCAGUUCGCGUGCCGCGAGUGUGGCAGCGCGUUCAACAGCCGGGAAGCGCUGGCACUCCAUCUGCGCCUGCACACCGGCGACAAGAGCCUUAUGACGGACCUGUGUGCGCUGACCGCGGCCCUGCCCGGCCACCUGUUUCCGGCCGUCAAUCAAGAAGAGUACCAUCCGAUGGUUGAGACCGUGGUGAACGGUGGUGACAGCGCGAUCAUGGCGACCAACAACCCCAUAAUACAAAACUCUUCCUUUCCAGUACAAAUAAUUACCUCCUCGGGGCAGGUGGUGCAGCAGAUUCAACCGCAAAGCCCUCCCCAGCAGCACCAGCAACAGCUGCAACAGGCGCAGGUUGUGCAGCAGCACCAAACCGUCGUACAGCAGCAGCAGCAAAACCAGCAGCAACAGAUCCAGCACCAGCAGCAGCAGCAGCAACAGCAGCAGCAGCACCAGCAUCAGCAGCAGCAGCAGACGAAACCGAAAUCCCACUACUGCACCCACUGCGGCAAGGGUUUUGCGGCCAAGCACGGGCUGUUGCUGCACAACCGCCGCCACCCGAACGGUGGCUGCACGGUGCGGACGCACGUGUGCGAGUGCGGUAAGGCGUUCUUCCAGAAGAACCAUCUGAUGCUGCACCAGCGCCAGCAUCUGGAGCAGAAUCAGCGCAGUGGUGGUGGCGGGGCGGCUGGUGGUGCCGGUGGGCAGCAGCAAGCGUCCGCCGGACAGCAGCAGCUUGUUGUGAUUCAACAACCCAACCAGGAUUCGUUGGUGCAACAGCAACAGCAGCAGCAACAGGCUGCAGCAGCCGCUGCCCAGCAACAGCAGGCACAGCAGGCUGCGGCUGCCGCUGCCCAGCAGCAGCACCAGCUGCAGCAGCAGCAAGCGCAACAGCAGGCCGUUGCAGUCCAGCAGCAGCAACAGCAGCAACAGCAACAGCAGCAACAGCAGCAACAACAGCAGCAGCAGGGCCAGAACAAUCAGCAUGCCAUGCGCAAUCUGGUCAUUGCGAAUCAGCCCGUGCAGGUGCAGGUCCUGGAGGGUAACACGACCCAGGUGAUCAAGUACGAGAUCAUUCACGACACGUCGCGCCAGUCGAACGUCGAGUGAGAAGAGGCGAUGCUCCGUAUAAC